GGAUUAACAAAAACGCUAACUCACACGUUUCUUUUUUUUCUACUAUUGAAUUUGAAGUGAGCAGAGGAAGAGAAGGAAAGGGGAUAGAAUUAGGGUUAGGGUUAGUGAAGGAUGCCGAAGAAUAAGGGAAAGGGAGGGAAGAACAGGAAGAGGGGAAAGAACGAAGCAGACGACGAGAAGAGAGAGCUGGUGUUCAAGGAGGACGGUCAGGAAUACGCACAGGUCCUUCGCAUGCUCGGUAAUGGCCGAUGCGAAGCCAUGUGCAUCGACGGCACAAAGAGGCUCUGUCACAUCCGCGGCAAGAUGCACAAGAAGGUCUGGAUCGCCGCCGGCGACAUCAUCCUCGUCGGACUCCGGGACUACCAGGACGACAAAGCUGAUGUCAUCCUCAAGUACAUGCCCGACGAGGCUCGCCUCUUGAAGGCCUACGGCGAGUUGCCUGACACCACGCGCCUCAACGAGGGUAUCGGCGCCGGCAUCGAUGAGGAGGACGAUGCCACUGCCAACGACUACAUCGAGUUCGAGGACGAGGAUAUCGAUAAAAUUUAGUUUCAUUCUCUUCUUAAAAUAUGUUUCUACUCUUACUAUUUCAUGUUUGCAUAUCAUAUCACUUAUCAUAUAUCUCUGCUUUGCCUUAUAUGUACUGUUCAAUAAUACUCAGAUUAUCUUUUAGUUUCUCUUUUCUCUUGGCGCUGUGUUUGUUGGGUGUUUAUGAUUGCCAUUAUGUGUCUUUUUUGUGUGAUUGUGAUUGUGCUGCUGCAAAGUGUUCUGUUGUUGUAAUCAGUUUUUGAACCUUGCUGUUUAAUUAGAGGUUGGUGGAUUGAUGGUUCAAAGUUUAAUUGAUAGAGAAUGAAGGGAUUAUUGGUGUUGUGUGUUUAAUCAUGAUCAUGUGGUGUGUUAUUUUGGUUUGAUGAGAUGGUGAAUUUUCAGUGUAGUUAUGGGAUGCUGAUAUUAUUGGACUGGUAGAGCUUGUGAUUGUCAUGUUUCAAUACUCAGAGAGUCCCAUUAUUUGAAAUGUUUCGUGAAAUGAAAGAGAAUGUUGCUUUUAUUAAGAAGGGAAUAAAAGUGUGGGAUUAUAAAGCUAUAUGUCAGAAUGAAUACGUGCAACAUUUGUGUCUUCAUAUUGCGAUAUGAACAUAAUUGCUUAGUGGUCACUCCGUUAGGAGACAUUAGGCCCCCGUAUCUUAAUCUGAUCACUGGUCGAACCGACCAUGAGUUAGAGACCUAAUGCUUUGCCAAGUAAAUUGUAUUUUAAUUUUCUUUUGGAUAACAUGCUUUUGACUAAAACUUCAGACCUGAAUAGGAAGUAAAAU